GUUUCCACUUGUUGCAGCCCCACCCUACGGCUUGACCUCGACCUUCACCUCGAGCAGCAAGCCUCGGCGUGCACCGCCGCAAACCAUGACGGGAAAGCAAUUAACUGACUAUCAGAGGGCUAUCUUAACCAAGCUCCUUCAGCUUCCCAAGCUAAGCAAUCACGAAAUCGCGUGGGUCCUCGGCAUCGACGAUAGGACCGUUCGACGUCGGCGUCACGAGUUCGAGACGACAGGCGGGAUCAAGAAACACAAGGAUGUCAGCAAGAACGCGGAGAAGCUGACGCCGCAGCAUCUGGAGAAGCUGAUCGAGUGGCACAAAGAGCACCCCGACGCGCUACUCGACGACAUGCAGAUGUUCCUGCGUACCCAAUGUGGCCUCGAAGUCAGCCUCACGACGAUCAGUCGACAGAUUCGUAAGGCGUACGGCGGGACAUUCCUGAGGGACGGCCGGUGCGCUCGGAUACGGGCCAGGAAGCUGAGAGAACAAGAGGGGCGCUCUAUCGCUCUCGAGCUUCAGAAACAACCCGGUGUGGACAGUAGCGACCAAGGAGACCGGGCUGCCACUCCCGAUCUGUGUCGUGAUGACCAGCGGCAGCUGGCUCCGUUGGCGCAAGCUCUUGGGCGGCAGCAUCAAGAGCCGGGUUGUCCUCCGGGAUCUUUGGCAAGAUAAUCCAGCGAGCAGUGCCGGAUGAGCGCUGGGAAGGGAGGGCCCAAACCCGAAGUGAGCGCUGGGAAGGGAGGGCCCAAACCCGAAGUGAGCGCUGGGAAGGGAGGGCCCAAACCCGAAGUUGUCGCUGUGUCCUCCGGGAUGG